AUGGUUUUCAUCCCUGGUGAUAACAAAGUUCAAAUCCCCGAACUAGCCGAUACAGAGGGCCCGCCCGCCUACACCCCCUACGACACCCCCUACGAUACCCCCGCGCCGUCCACAAUUUCAGGCUCCAGCUAUCCACCAGAUUUCUCCUCCCUCCCUCCCACUCCCUCCUCCUCUAAUCCCUCAAUAUCCAUACCCAACAUCCCCAUUUCCAACGCCGUAUCCUCAUCUCGCUCAGUAUCCCUAUCUGGCCCUCUUAAAAUCCUCGAGUCAGUAUCUGGUUCCUCAUCCGUGACAUUGUAUCACCAUGUGACGGUUUGCGGCCCCGUAAAAGCGAGUGCUAAAAUUGUUCUCUACGAUCAUGUCACGGUAUCCGACGAUGUAAGAUCGAGUUCGUCUGUUUCGUUAGAUGGAGGAGCAGGGAAAGGGGGAGUUGUGAUUAUGGGGACUGUGAAAAGUAGUUCGAGCAUAGAGAUGAGAGGAAAUGUGUAUGUGCAGGGAGAUGUGAAGAGUAGCUCUAAGGUGUUACUGGAGGGAAUAGAAGGAUUGGUGAGGGUUGGAGGAAAGGUUGAUACGAGUGGACAGGUUACUAUCAGGGGAGCGGUAGAGGUAGGAAAUGUGGAGAGUAGUGGCAAGAUUAUCGUUGAGUCGUUAGAGAAGCAGAGGAUUGUUUUGGGAGAUUUACAAUCGAGAGGUGGAAUGGAGAUUGAGGGGGAUGUGGAAAUUCGCAACGAGCUGAAAGCUAGCGGUAAUGUGAAGAUUAACGGAAAGCUGCUUGUUCAUGGAAAUUUUACGGUCCAUGGCAAUGUCAAAGUUCAGGCUGGUUCCGAACUCAUUGUAAAUGGCAGGAGAACUAUACAUGGGAAGAUGGAGAAUGCUUAA